GAAGGCAAUAGAAACUGAUGGGUCGCCUGGUUACACACUUCAUUCAGUGUGUUUGAGACAUCUUUUCUAACCUUUGCAAAGUAACGAUGGCAUGCCAAGCAAUCUGAUCUCACCGUCUCACUAACUUUAACCUGGAACGAUUCUCGCCUUCACCCAUCCCGCUUUCCAUUCAAUGCCUAACACUGUGGAAAGUGAAGGAGCAAACGUAACUGGCACGAGUGACCAUGCGGCCCCAUCACGAGCCCCGAGUAGGGAGGAUGAGCAUAGUUUCCUGAGUCCCUUGACACGGGACGCCCUGCGAGCCCGCCGGGCCUCUAGCGCUGAACUUCAGCUGCCAUGGACCUGCCCUGUUACCCACUCACGCGAAAAGUUUUACACCGUCUGCUCCGAUUACGCCCUACUCAACCAGGCCGCGCCUGUACUGCGGACCACCAGCGUUACCAGGGACGCAUCCCUUAGCAAGCCGGACAACGGGGCGGCGUUUACAAAGUCCGGUUCGGUCUCUCUCUCCCAGGGUCCUGGCAGCGGGACCAGUGUGUCAUUAGAUGUGGACUGUGAUAUGGAAUUAGUGCCCUCCUGUAAUACCAAACCCGUUUUAGCGUGGGAGAUAGACACAACCGAUUUUGAUGCGUUCUUAACUCGAAAAACUAGGACAAGCAAUCAAAAGAAAUUCAGCUCAAAGAAGAUGAAAUCUGCUGACAGACCCAGCAGGAAUCUGCAGGACCUUCCUCCUCAGCCAUCUCUGGAGGACAUCAAACAGAGGAAAGUUCUGGACCUCAGAAGAUGGUACUGCAUUAGUCGACCUCAGUACAAAACAUCCUGUGGAAUCUCCUCUCUGGUCUCCUGCUGGAACUUUCUGUACAGUACUUUGGGAGCUGGAAGUCUUCCACCCAUUUCCCAGGAGGAGGCUUUGCACAUUCUUGGUUUCCAGCCUCCGUUUGAAGAGAUCAAAUUUGGGCCUUUUACUGGCAAUGCCACUCUAAUGAGAUGGUUUAGGCAGAUCAAUGAUCAUUUUCGGGUACGAGGGUGCUCCUAUAUUCUGUACAAACCCCACGGGAAGCACAAGACUGCAGGAGAAACCGCUGAAGGAGCUUUGCUGAAGCUGACCCAGGGACUCAAGGAUGAGUCCAUGGCUUAUAUCUAUCACUGUCAGAAUCACUACUUUUGUCCUGUUGGCUUUGAGGCUACGCCACUGAAAGCAGCCAAGGCUUACAGGGGGCCGCUUCCUCUUAAUGAGAUGGAGUACUGGAUUCUCAUUGGUGAACCAAGCAGGAAACACCCUGCCAUUCACUGUAAAAAGUGGGCAGAUAUUGUGAUAGAUCUCAACACGCAGAACCCAGAAUACCUGGACAUUCGCCACACGGAGAGAGGUAUUCAGUAUCGUAAAACUAAGAAGGUGGGCGGGAACCUGCACUGCAUCAUGGCAUUCCAGAGAGUGAACUGGCAGAAGCUAGGACCCUGGGCACUCAACCUGGAGAACCUGAGACAUGACAUUCACCACCAAGGGACAGAGCUGAGAGCCCAAGGUGGGUCAGGGGAGGGCACAGAGGACCGAACAUCCUCCAAACACCUUUCUCGUCUGGGUCGGUCCCACAGCACCGGAAACCAGAGACCAGAUCAGGCAUGGAAACGGCUGUCCAACACGACAGAAUACCGACACAAAGAGUCACCUGACAGCGAUCUGGAUGAAGACAUCACCGACUGAAACCAGAUGUAAAAGCGAAGGCUGCUCAGAGCUAGGAGAAAAUCAUGAUGAAGGAGAGGACAAUAAUGUCACAGAACAGGCAGUGGAAACUUAAACUGAGCUAAAAGAACGUUCAUUGUCAUUUGUUCCCUGUUUAGUGGUUACUUACAGGACAAUCUUACAGUGUCCUCUCCCUCAAUUAUAAUAAUCCUAGAGCCACGAGGGUUGCACAGAAAUCAGGCUAUAAAAUGUGAAAUCAUGACCAUUAACGCCAAAAAAAUGAGGUAUUUUAUUUUCAUGUGCUUCUUAGUGGAAUUAUUUAUUAUAGAAGUGUUUAGCACAAAGAUGUUAUCCACCAUUUGGAUUCUUUAUAUAAAGUACAUAUGGUUUAUUUAUAGCAAUGCAUAGAAAACUGGUAUCAGUGAAGUUGACUCCUGUUACUGUGCUGACAUCAUGUUGAAAGUGGAGAGAAAUGUGUGUGUUCAAUUCUGUGCAUUGUUCUGAACUGAACCUGGUCCAGAAGAUGGUCUUGUGACACUACAGAGUUGUGAGACUAACAUAUCCUAAUGUACAAAUUCUUUGAAAGCACUGGGAAACACUUGUUUGUGUCUUCAUUCACACUGAAUAAAGUUAAAGUAAUGUGAAAAAGAGAGAUCAGUAUUUGAUGUUAAGUGGUAAAUGAAAAUCAGUUUGUAAACGAGUACUUUGUGAAAAGCUUAAAGAUUUGACUGCAUGCACGCUUCCAUGUUAUAUGCACAGCAAUGUUCAUUCCUACUUUGCCACUGCAACUGUGUACAGUCUGUAAGGUACUAAGAAUCUCACGUAGAUGUGAAAUACUAGUGUGAAUUCAGUGCAGUUGUUAUUCCCUUUU